AUGAUCGUUAACAAAGUCGCUGGGCGAUUUCCACGUGGCCGCGGGUCAGGCGGCGACGGCGUCGAAUUCGACGGCGGGGAAUACAAUGAGCCCUUUGUGUGCGCAGGCGCCGAAUGGUCUGGCGGCGCGGCGCGGGCGCCCAAGCCCGCCGCCACAAUGUCUGGCGCGCAAGCUCAAUGCACCAGCGAACAUUCCGACUCGAAAAUCAUAACGACAAACGCCCCGGCAAUCGUCUACUCUCUAUACACUCGUACUCCGUCGUAUACGGCACUCAAUUGCCUGUCAAAGACGCAACUCCGUGUUACCGUAUUUGUCACGUAUUUCUCUGAUACUAAUAUGGCGGCCGUACAUCUACUUAAUAUAUGGCGGGGCACAGCGGAGGCGCCCGCCGCGCCCACGUCUCUUGGAAACCGUCCGCGUCGUCGCCGAUUACAAAAC